AGGAAAAGCCGAGGGAAAAGGGUGAGUGAAUUAGGAGGUGGGGUGGGGGUUGGAAGGAGGAGGGAGAGCCAACGCUCACUAGAUGUGAAUGCUGAAAAUUGCAUUAAGGAGUUCUCAGAAGAUCUGCACACAGUUUGCUAGUGAUGCACGGUGAGCAGAAGGGAUUGUGCUUUUCUCUGCUGUUACUGGGAACUUAAGGCAUUUCAUGUGUGGAUGUGCUGCUGGUGGCAAGUGAAUAAAGGGCUCUGUUGUCUCCAAGAGAGAACAAGCAAUAGAGAAAGAACCGGGGAAGAGACAUUGACGGAAUAUAGAAAUGAGAACAAGAGAAGAUCUAUUCAUAGAGAAAGAAUCCUGGGGGUCUGGGCAUGAGAUGGAGAAACCCAAGUGCACCCUAAGAUCUGGAAUAUGGAUGAACGAGGUUAGCAACUGAUUAGGCAAAAGCAUCUUCAGAUAUUUCCACCCGGAUGGAAUUCUUUGGUUUCAGCUUUUUUUCUCUUGCUCAUUGGAAGAGUUCGAGUAAUCCCCAGGGAUGCAAUGAAAAUCCCCAUUUCCACCAGGUGAUCCUACAAGGCUGAUGGAUUUAUUACAAGAGGCAUCUCUCCAACAGCCCUCCCAAGUGAUAUAAUGAAAUUGCAGAGGAGGCUGUGCAGAAGGGUGGCAAAGCCAGACUGGAGUUUGAGCAUCGGGAUUUCUGGAUCAAAGAAAUUCACAUAAAGCAGAAAAACAUACCCCCAAAUUCAACAGAUACAUUCAGAGGAAAGGGUUAAAGAUUAAAGAAAAAAAACAUGCAGAGCUGCACUGGGUUGUGAUUAGAAAUCAAAUCAGACCUUUGGAGAAAAGGAAAGUUUCUUUCUAGGUUUAAGGAGGGGGUGGUGAGGAAAGAGCUUCAUUAUGGUGCAUGGAGAAGCUGUGGGAUAAACUGGUGGCUUGGUAUGGACCAAGGAUGGAUUGGAUUUUUAAAGCAGGACAUUGAGGACCAAGUGGAUCCCCAGUCACCUGGUUAGCCAAGAAGAAGACUGCACCCUGGACCAGCACUUCACACUUCAGCACCAUGACUCCUGGAACUCCUGAAGGACCAAACACGAAUAAAUUAUGAAUGUUGAACAAGAUGAAAUUACAUUCACCGCAGAUGAUGAUAGGUCCUAGGUUUAACAGGGCCCUAUUUGACCCCCUUUUUAUUGUGCUGUUGGCUCUUCAGCUUCUUGUGGUGGCGGGUUUAGUCAGGGCUCAGACCUGCCCUUCCGUAUGUUCUUGUAGUAACCAGUUCAGCAAGGUCAUUUGCACACGAAGAAACCUUCGAGAGGUCCCAGACGGUAUAUCCACCAACACAAGACAACUGAACCUUCAUGAUAAUCAGAUCCAGAUAAUCAAAGUGGACAGUUUUAAACACUUAAGACAUUUAGAAGUUUUACAGUUGAGCCGAAAUCACAUUAGGACGAUUGAAAUUGGUGCUUUCAAUGGCUUGGCGAAUCUGAAUACACUGGAACUCUUUGACAAUCGUUUGACCACUAUUCCUAAUGGAGCUUUUGAAUAUCUGUCAAAACUGAAAGAGCUUUGGCUAAGAAACAAUCCCAUUGAAAGCAUUCCAUCCUAUGCUUUUAAUCGUAUUCCUUCUCUGCGUCGGCUAGAUUUGGGAGAGAUGAAAAGAUUGUCAUAUAUUUCAGAGGGAGCAUUUGAAGGCCUUUCAAAUCUCAAAUAUUUGAACCUUGGGAUGUGCAACUUAAGAGAAAUCCCCAAUCUUACUCCUCUUGUUAAACUAGAUGAGUUAGAUCUUUCUGGGAAUCAUUUGUCUGUUCUUCGACCUGGAUCUUUCCAAGGAUUAACCCAUCUUCAAAAAUUGUGGAUUAUGCAUUCCCAAAUUCAGGUAAUUGAAAGGAAUGCCUUUGAUGACCUUCAGUCACUGGUGGAACUUAAUUUGGCACAUAAUAAUCUAACUUUACUGCCUCAUGAUCUUUUCACACCUCUUCAUAAUCUACAAAGGAUUCAAUUACAUCACAACCCCUGGAACUGCAACUGUGACAUCCUUUGGCUUAGUUGGUGGCUCAAAGAGAUAGUCACUACUGGCAGCACAUGCUGUGCUCGUUGUAGUACUCCCCCAAAUCUAAAAGGAACUCACAUUGCAGAGCUGGACCACAACUAUUUCACUUGUUAUGCUCCUGUAAUUGUAGAGCCCCCUGCUGACCUGAAUGUCACAGAAGGCAUGGCGGCUGAGCUGAAAUGUAGGGCAUCAACAUCAUUGACUUACGUUAGUUGGAUUACUCCAAAUGGAACUAUUAUGACCCAUGGAUCUUAUAAAGUACGUAUUUCAGUAUUAAAUGAUGGCACGCUGAACUUUACAAAUGUAACAGUGAGGGACACAGGCUUGUACACCUGUAUAGUAAGUAAUUCCGCUGGGAACACCACUGCCUCGGCGACACUGAAUGUGACGGCAUCUGACACUGGUUACACUUACUUUUCCACUGUUACAGUAGAGACUAUGGAACCAUCUCAGGAUGAGGCAAGGACCACAGAAAAUAAUGUCGGCCCCACCCCAGUCAUUGAUUGGGAAACCACCAAUGCAACCACUUCUCUAAUGCCUCAGAGCACAAGGUUCACAGAAAAAACCAUCACCGUCCCUGUAACAGAUGCAAACAAUGGAAUGCCAGGUAUUGAUGAGGUUAUGAAAACCACCAAAAUAAUCAUUGGCUGUUUUGUGGCCAUUACCUUAAUGGCAGCAGUGAUGCUGGUUAUUUUCUACAAGAUGAGAAAACAGCAUCAUCGGAAGAAUCAUCACGCUCCAACGCGGACUGUUGAAAUUAUUAAUGUGGAUGAUGAACUCACGGCUGACACACCUAUUGAAAGCCACUUGCCCAUGCCGGCAAUAGAACAUGAGCAUUUAAACCAUUAUAACUCUUAUAAGUCUCCUUUUAAUCACACGACGACAGUGAACACAAUAAAUUCAAUACACAGCUCUGUGCAUGAACCUUUAUUGAUUCGAGCAAACUCUAAAGACAAUGUGCAGGAAACUCAGAUCUAAAAUUGUAAAUUCACCAGAUUAAAAAAAACAAAAAAAAAAAAGACAAUUUAUAAACAGACAAAAUGACUGGGCUAAAUCUACUGUUUCCAAUAAAAAAGUGUCUUUACAAAAAAAAGAAAUAAUAAAAAAAAGAAAGAAAUUUAUUUAUUAAAAAUUCUAUUGUGAUCUAAAACUGCUGAAAUCUUGUAUUCCUAAAACCUGAAUUCAUUUGGUUUUACUACGAUUCCCUCUUUUUUAAUCAAGUGAUCAGAAUUUAUGAUUUGAGAAAUUUUGAAUGAAUUCAUGAUGCUUUAAAUAUGUUUAUGGUUACUUUUAGAUAUUCCACUUGGUCAGUCAUAUCUAUCAUUUUGUCCUUUUUAUUUUGCUAAAGAUUAGUCAUGUAUGUAAAAAAAAAAGCUGCUUUUCUAUUCUAGGUCACUUUAAAAAAUAUAUAUGGUAUAUAAAACAUGUACCUGCCAUUUUUAUAAUCUGUAGUGUGAGUUUCCAAAUUCAAACUCUACUUUGAUUGAUAAAUUUGCAAUAAUAGCCUCUACGUUCCCUACUCCUUAUUAAGCACAACAGAUUUUUGAUUUCUGGAAUUGAUCUUCAAAAUAAAUGUAUGAUGAGAAAAAGUGGGGAUCAUUAAAUAUCACAGGGAAAAUCUGUCCCGUGCAGUAACCCAUGGCUACCAGUAAUUUAUGAUCUUUUAUCAGGGGAGGAGGCUGCAAUUAGUGGUUGGAGAGGCUACCAGUAGAGUAAAGUCUUCCAUCAGCAUUUCUGUCUCACAUUAACCGGUUAGAUAAGAAGCUGCAUUGGAACAUACAGUAUGGAAGAUUUUACAUUUAUCGUUUUGCAUUCACAGAAUAUGUAAUAAAUGGUGGGAGCCAUCAGUUUACCUUCAAAAAUUUAGGUGUUCUCAAUAGACGUCAAAACAACAGUUGUCGGGUUAUUCUUAAAUUGUUGCCCUACUGAAGUAACAGUGGAUAUCUCAGUGGAAGUCAAUAAUAUGGCAGAUCCAAUUAGCAUGACUCAGUCCAAAUUUACAGAGUAAGCUCUUAUCCUUUUCUUUCUAUGUAAUGGGAAUUAAAUAGAAGAUCUUCUAAUUUACCCAAGUCAUUUGUUUGAGGCAGAGCAUUUGAUAGGCCUCGGUAACCGAAAAUGGUUUCUGAAAGGACAAAAAAUGCCAUGUUAUCAGUAGGUUUAUAUAAAGAGAAUAAAAUGAUCUUUAUUGAUAUACUCUGUAUUUGAUAGAAGCCCUAGCUUACUGAAUAACACAAAGAGGGAUAUUACGCAACAACAAAUUAAUUUCUUUAAGGGAUCCAUAAAUCGAUGGCCAGUUAAAAUGUUGUAAAAUUACCUAAAUUUAUUGCCUCAAAUGGUAAAAUAAGGUUAUAAAGAGAUAUUUUUGAAAUUACAUUGGUUGUGUAGUUGGUAUUAUUAACUGCUUUGUAGCAGAGACAUUGUACAAAUGGUCAUUUAACAGCAAAGGGAGCUUCCAAAGCAAACUACUCUACACUAUUUUCCAAUGACUGACUUAAUUCAUGGCCUCUUCUUCUAGAAGUUCAAUGAGUUUCAGUCUAAAAUAUUAAUUGCAUCCUUUGUAGCAAAGGCAGAAAUGAAUGGAGGACACAUAUGCUCCAGCUAUAGCACCAGUACAUGAACAACGGCCUCUGUCUUUCCCUGCCUUCAUAUGAGGCUAUAGGAGGUGAGUGACAUUAUUUUUUUUAUUAAAUCUAAAGAGCAUAUUUUAUUCCCCCACUCUGUUCCACUUCAAAACCUAUGUAUUAUGUACUUAUGAUGCUGAAGACCAUCGGCAACCUGUGCCUCCUUCUUCUGGAAAGGAGAGCAAAAAUAACGUUCCAUUUUACCGAAUCCCGAGAAGAUCUCACCAGAAAAAAAUAAACAGAACAUCUGGCA